UCCUUCUCAACAAGUCUUGCUCGCAUCAUGUUGAGGGUAUUGGCGUUGACUGCGAAGGCCUCCAAGCCUUUCACCCGCGCGCUGCAUGCAUCAGCGCCCUCGUCCUUCAUCGUGCGUUCCCUGGACGAUGUGCGGCAGAAGGAUCGCGUCAUCACCAGUGACGACGGCGCGCUCGAGACACGUCGCUACUUGGUCCGCAACGACGAGUGUGGGUUUUCGGUGCAGCAUGAAGUGCUGAAGAAGGGCACCCCUGUGCGCCUCGAGUUCCAGAACCACGUGUACGCGCUGCUGGUGACACGCGGCAACGGUCGCGUGCGGCUGCUGGACGUGGGCGAAGGCCCCGGUCAGGUCCAGGACGUGGCGGAGGGCUCACUUGUGGCGUUAACUGCGACUGAGGCCAUCGAGAUUGAGGCCAAAUCCGACGAGUUGCAUGCCGUGAGCAUCAUGAACCCGCCGGUGUUUGGCGUCGAAAAGAGAAACGACACGACGGGCGUAUUCCCCGCCGUGGACCCCGAUGGAGAGGCACUCGAGAAUUUCAAUCUGUCCAAGGUAGACCAACUAUUCUCUGCUCCCGAGUCGCUCAAGGGUGGUAGUGCCCCUAUGAAAGACGACCCGCUAUUCUAAGUUGUAGGUAGCUCCAGACAUGCGAUGCAGAUACAACGAAGAUACAAAUGAAUUUGCGUCGACUCAAA